AUGCACAAAUGCAAUAUGAAUCGCAAAAGGCAGCAUGAUUCAGACGUUGAAUUAGUAAAAGCGAAAAUUGCAAAGAGCGUAUCUACUAGAAAAGACCGAGAAACAACGUCUAAGAAUGAAUAUAAAUCGAGAACUCGCAGUCAAAAGUCUAAAGAAAAGGCUGUAAACACACGCUCUCAAUCUGCUCAACCCACACACGACUAUAUUGAUAAUCUAGAGCAAACAUUUGAGAAAGCUACACUAGAAGAAAUCGAAAGAUCGGACACAUUUAAUACCUGCUGCUAUAAAGAGGCAGCAUAUACUUCUGAAGAUGAAAAUACCAAAGUAUCCAUGUUGUCCAUGUCAAAUAUAGAAUCCAAUAUUACCGAAAUACCCAAGGCGGAUGCCAAUAUAAAAAAAAGAAAGUGGAUUAAUUUAUUAAAUAAUAAAUAUUCCCAUGUGGUUAGUAGCGAUGAAGAUGAACUGUCACUAACUAGACCAGCCCCAAAUAAGAAAUCAAUAGCAGUGAAAUAUAAAGAAAACUCCACAAACAACAAGGAACAAUAUGAAAAUAUUUUAUUACCGCAAAAACUGGAAAGACGCUUAAAACGCUCAUCAUCACCGUCAUACCGCGAGGGUUUUGUUAGAAAGAAACGAAUCCCUACAAAAAUCAAUGUACCUUCAAAUGAAAACAGUGAACGGGGUCGUCAUAAAGGAAUUUUUGUUCCGCGUAGUCCUACAUUGUCCUGUGAAUCUGAUUCUCAAAGCUCUUGUGUUAUGGUCUCAAAGAGUUUGUCGCCUAAACCACACAUUAUUGAAAUAUCAGAAGACGAGGAUGAAACAUACGGUAAAGAUGGAAUAUUAUUCACAUACCCAUUUCAUGGAAAAGAUCAAAGAAACAAGAUUCUCAUAACUCGUCGAGAUACAGAAAAACUAAAGCUGGGUGUAUAUAUCAACGACACCUUGGUUGACUUUUUCUUACUUUGGUCAAAAGAUGUGGCUGCAGUAAAGGCUCCGGAGGCCAGGAAAGAUACUCACAUAUUCAACUGCUUCUUUUACCCUUACCUGCGCGAAAUGGUCGAAAAAGAAAAUAAUGAAUUUUCGUUGAAAAAAUGGACUUCUAAUCUUGACCUCUUUAAGAAGAAGCACUUGAUUGUUCCUGUAAAUGAAAGACCUCGUAUAUACUUAUUAGACUCGAUCGGUGUUGAAAGAAAAAGCAUCCUAAAGAACAUGGUUAAAUAUUUAAACCAUGAGGCAAAAGCAAGAUAUGGAUCAGAAACAACGUUUAUUAAGCCCGAUCUUGUUCAUGCAAAUGUCCCUCAGCAGAAGAAUGGUAGUGACUGCGGGAUUUAUCUGAUUCAUUUUGUGGGGGUAUUUUUGGAAAAUCCAGAAAAAUGCAUUGAUCUUCUCGAGGCCACAACGACGGAUGAAGAAGCUUGGGGUGCGACAUCUAUGGAUGAAAAGAGAGAAUAUCUUCGAAAUGUGGUACGCCAAUUGAAUGAAGAAUGGGCCAAAUUACAGCCAGAUCUCCUCAAGAACACAGUUGAUUAUAAAAAUGAUAAAACUUGA